AAAAUCUGGGUCGCUCCUCCACUCUUCCCGUAGAAAACUUGUUCGAGCCCUAUCAGUUCGAAGCAGCAGGGUAGGAUAGGGCGGAGCCGCCGGUGACCCCGGCGGUGGCGGUGGCAGCAGCAGAGGGGGGCCGCGAGGAUGGCCGCUGGGACGAGGAGGCGGAGCCGAUGACCCCGGCGGUGGCGGCGGCAGAGGGGGUCGGCGAUGAUGGCCGAUGGGACGAGGAGGCGGAGCCGAUGACCCCGGCGGCGGCAGCGGAGGGGUCCCAGGGGCUCUAGGACCGAUGUCUGAUGCAGCCGUGGUUCCUCGCUGUCAAGAGCUAGAUCGAGCGCACGGCCUUUUGGAAAAUUGGACGAAUGGGCGUCCAAGAGGCACUCCUUGCCGGAUCACGCUGCUGCUGGCGUAAUCCAGGCCGGAUCUGUGGAGAGCCCGGCGCAGCACCGUCUACAGGUAUUUGGCAAUGUUGGCUCUUGGGCUGCCCAAUUGAUAACUGAAGCUGGUGGCAAGGUGGUCUCCAUCAGAGAUGUCACAGGGGCUGUCAAGAACUCCAAUGGCGUUGACAUAGCCAAGCUGAUGAAGCACUCGGCAAAGAACCGCAGGAUCAAGGGCUCUGACAAAAGGCGACGCCGUCGACCCGACCUCACUGCUCACGGAAGAGUGCGACGUGCUCAUCCCGGCAGCUCUGGCAGGAGUCAUAACAAGGACAAUGUUGAUGCCAUCAAAGCAAAGUACAUCAUCGAAGCUGCUAACCACCCAACAGACCCCAAGGCCGAAGAGAUUCUGGCAAAGAAGGGCGUGCUGAUCCUACCGGACAUACUGGCCAACUCCGGCGGAGUGAUGGUGAGCUACUUCGAGUGGGUGCAGAAUCUCCAGGGGUUCAUGUGGGACGAGGAGAAGGUGAAUCGGGAGCUCAAGACGUACAUGACCCGCGCCUCAAACAUGUUCUGAUUAUUUAGGCAGUGUAUGGUGCCGUAUAAAAUGGACAGUAAUUAUGUAUAGUAUAUCUUUGAAAACCAGAAUUGGCUCAAUUUGGAACAAUGCCUGCUUUAUAUGAAUUUCUUGCCCGCUUUGCA